AUGGAUUCUACCUUUUCAAAAUCAUGGAUCCGGGGUGUCAACAUCGGUGGGUGGCUGCUUAUGGAGCGAUGGAUCACACCGUACAUGUUUGCGAUUACAGACUGCCAUACCACAGGAGAGUCACUGUGCUUUUAUCCAGGUCAAAUUUCUGCUCCACCAACCACGAGUCCCCAUCAUCAAUACUGUGACCUCUUUCACUGCGAGCCUCAUUUGAUCGAAAGCGUUAGUGGAAAAAAGGAUUUUCCAGCGGAUGAGUACACCUUGUCACAAAGUUUUGAUAGCAAGGACAUUGCCGAGAAGUAUUUUUCAUAUCACUUUGACAACUUUGUGGGGAAGAAUGAUGUGAUUGCUCUGAAUGAUGCCGGCGUCACUCAUGUCAAGGUCCCUAUGCCCCACUGGAUCAAAAGGGAAACCAAGGAUGAUCCUUGGGUUGGAGGACGAUGGCUUUAUUUUAUUCGCUUUGUAGGUUGGUGUCGGGAAUACGGGAUCGAGGUGUGGGUGGAUAUACAAACUGCACCUGGAUCUCAGAAUGGAUUCGACCACUCUGGACAACUUCUUGCCCAGCCAACUUGCGAACAUUGGAGUUCAUCAGCCGAGAAUGUAGAGCGCAGCUUACACGCCGUCAACGAAAUUGCUCAGGGUAUUAUGAAUGACAGCCUCAGGGAUGUUGUCACUGGGUUUGGCAUCCUUCACGAACCGUUCUCCGAUUGCGAUGUUUAUGUCAUCCGAGAUUUCAGCAACAUGGCAUUUGAGAGUGUCCGUAGCAUCAUGGGCAGUGAUACUCAUGUUUUCAUGGGAGAUAGCUUCGAUGCUGCAGAGUGGAACUCUGGAUGGUGGACGGAUCCUGGGCAUUCGCACACCUACCUCGAUAGUCACUACUUUCAUGUGUUUGGUGAACGGAAUCGCGCCCUAUCACCAAAGCAGCAUAUCGCACUUCUCUGCACAAGAAAUGCUCGAGACACUUCAUCCUGCUGUUACGAAGAUGCACCAACGAACCAAAUACCAUCUCGCGGAAUCAGCCGAAUAGUUGGAAAAUGGACUGCCGCCUUUGAUACACUCACAGCUUUAAAGUUGAAGGAUGUGAUGGCUAACAUCCAGCAGCAUGGCGAAGCACUGGAAUUCAACCGCACGAUAACUGAAGGUAGAAUGCGGUUCCUCAGCAAUUUUGUGCAUGCACAAAUGGUGACAUAUGAAUCCAUGAACUCGGGUGUCUCCAGUGGAUGGUUUUUUCAUACGCUGAAGACGGAGGGUGGAGCUUUUCUUGAAUGGAACUUCUUGUACGGCAUCAAGCAAGGGUGGAUCCAGAAUUUGCCGCCGAGAGAGAGGAGUGCAGAAUCCAUGUAUGGCUCUUGUGAAAGCAUCGCAACAAAGACGUCAGAUGACACAUCGAUUGUACAUGAAUUCCCCGAUCCGAACCAGAAGAGUGUUGAGUUGUGGUUAGGAGAUGAAUUUGACGACGACUAUGUGAUAUCUCACGCUGCGAGUAUUGAUGCAAAUGGCCACACCAUUGCACCUGAGAACACCGUAGAAAAGGAUUUCAAUUUAGCUGGUGGCUCCAAUGGCCAAACAAUUGCACCUGAGAGCAUAGUAGAAGAGGAUUUCAAUUUAGCUGGUGGCUCUGAAGCCUUAUCGGUUGGCCAAAGUGAGGUCGUUGAAGCAAAGAGAAGUGGGGGUGCAUUUCCACUUUUCGUAAUGGUACUAUUUUGCUACGGAAUCUGGAAGGUUUUCUUUGCUCAGGGUCAGUCUCCGUUGGGAGGAUUCCGAAACCAGCAUCAAUACACAGAUCUUGAAGGCAGCUUGGGUCGUUCCACCGAGCUACAGGUCCGUAGCUUUUAG